AUGUCAUUGAAUGAUUCAACUCCUAUGGAGAGGGAGAUAACCGAAGAUACAUCCAAGACCACAACAUCCACCAGCACCACGACCACAAGUACAUCUUCAAGUAUACCCUUCUUACUCCGUAGAGUAUCAACUUUAACUACUCAAUCCCUCCCCAUCCAACUACCGUCACUUUCUACCUCAGUUACCACAAGUACCAACACUAGUCAGCCAACAAUCGCAGUAUCCUUAGCCAAUGCAGCAUCCACAAAUAAUAUAAUCUAUGAAGAACAUGAGCCAAGGCUACGAAUAGUCGAACUGAAUAGAAGUGGGUUCCAAUCAGAUUUAACUAGUGAAGAUGAAAUCUCCGAAGAAUAUAUGGAUUCAAAUCAUCAAGAAGAAGAGGAUGAUGAUGAUGAAGAUCUUCAUAGUAUAUUAACAGAUUUAAUACGACAUGAAUCAAGAUCAGCAAUCAGGGUACCGUCACGACGUGGAAUAACCGAUGAAGAAGAGGAGAACGACGAUGAACAUAUGUCAUAUUUGAACCUAAACAUGUUUCCCAAUCCUGACAAUAUCACCAAUGAAUAUGAACAUUAUCAAAAACAUAUUGCAAUCUCCAAGGAGAAUGAUAAGGAUGAGUUUCAUCGUAAAUUGAAACAUUUCUUUAUAUUUUCAACUGCUGGUAAACCAAUAUAUUCCAUGAAUGGAUCAGAUGAAUUGAUUGUGGGAUAUAUGGGGAUCCUAACUACCAUUCUUUCAACAUUCGAAGAGAAUAUUCAUGAGGAAAUCAAAUCGAUUAAUAUAGAUAAUGAAGUCAAGAUUGUAGCAUUGAAUAAGGCACCAUUGGUAUUGGUUUGUAUUUCAAAAGUGCCGUAUGAAAUCAGUCAUAGUGUUGAACUUCUGGUUGAUCAUGAUCAUGAUACGAAUGAAAAUAUUACAUUAAUAAAUCAAUUGAAUACGUUGUAUAAUUAUUUAUUAUCAAUCUUGUCCAAACCUACAAUUGAGAGAAGUUUUCAGAAUAGAUUAAAUUAUGAUUUAAGAAGAGUAUUAACACAAUUGGAUUUUCAUAAUUUGGAUUCAUUAUGUAUGAAAAUGACAUUUGGAUUACCUUUAAGUGUUGAUAAAUUGUUAUAUGAUACUUCAACUUUUGAUUUCUUUAUAAGCGAAUUAUUAGAUUCUUCAUUACAAAAUGUUCGAAUAUCAAAUACGACUCGGAUGAAAUUGAAUCAGAUACUAAUCGAAUGUAAACGAUUAAAACUAAAUGAUCCGCCAAACAACCCACUCCAACAAAAGUCACAACAACAGGAUGAUGAUAGGAUAAGUAUAAAAUCAGAAAGAUUUACUUCAUUAUUAGGAAUCAAGAAUGAGAAUGAUAAGUAUCUAGCGUCAGAUUUAUUAUUUGCAAUAAUAACAACAUCCACGGGGAAAAUAUUAAGCUUUAUGAAACCCAAAAAUCAUAAUCUCCCCAAUGAAGAUUUAAAACUAUUAUUUUCAAUUAUUGAUUCUUCCAAAUCUUCCCAAAAUAUGAAUGACCAAUCUGGGGAGGAAACAUCAGAGGAAGAUAUGUGGAUUCCAUUAUGUAUGCCGAAUUUCAACCCCAAUGGAUUUUUAUACACCUUUGUUAAGACUUUUGAAUUGGAGCAAGCACAAUCGAUUAAUGUGAUAUUGAUAAGUAGUAACAAGAAUUCGUUCUAUUAUAUGAGACAAGCAUCAAAUUAUAUAAUCAACCGUAUUAAAACUAGUCGUCAUGGAACAUUUUUGGAGAAGUUUAAACGGGAAUUACAAACUGCUGGGAAAUUGAGUAUUCUUAGGGACAUUCAAGUUCCGGUUAUAAAACAUUUCAUAUAUAAAUCGAAGAAAUAUGAUCAAUUUAUAAUGAGUGAUUUUAUUCAUUUUGAUAAAAGCAUGAGUAGUAUUUUGCAACUUGUAUAUUUCUACAGUUCAUUAUAUAAUACCAAAGCUACCAAGAUGAAGAAAUCAAAUUAUUAUAAUGUGACGAAUACAGCUAAUUCGCCCGAGAAGCUUGAGGUGAAUAAUUUUAAGAAAUUGACAUAUUCGAAAUGGAAUUGUAAUAAGAAUGUCAUAACGGGAUUCAUGUUAUCUGAUAACAAUUAUGAAUUUUAUUGUCUUGUAAGUGAUGUCAAACAAGUUAAUUCAAAAGAUUUGAUUUCUCAUAGCUUACGAAUCAUUAAAUGGUGUGAAAAGAAUCACAAACGAUUAUUUAUACAAAAAGGAGUAACUGUAUAA